AUGUCCCUAGAUAAGGGAACAAACCAAGAGAUCUUGCAGCACUCCAAAGCCGAGGGUAAAAGUGCUACAGACAAGUCCCUUGAUAAGGGAACAAACCAAGAGUUCCAGCAGCAUUCCAAAGUCGAGGGUAAAAGAGCUAAGCCGACCAAGGAUCCUGUUAAGGAGACGGAACAGGAGCAAAUUCAAUGCCUCGACACCGUGGGCAAAGAAGUCAAGGGCACCAACAAUCCGAGAGGGGAAAACAUGCAGGACCUUGGACAGGAUAAUGAAGCUGAUGAGCAGGCCUUUCAACUUGUUAGCAAGAAAAAGAAAUCUGCCAAUCAACCAAAUAUCUUGAGCCAGCCGGGACUGAAGAUAGCUUCAAUGAAGAUGAAGGAUAUCAUCUACAAUUAG